CAGUUUGAGAAUAUCAGGGAUGACUUUCCCAUACUGGCGCGCCGCGUCAGGAAUGACAAGCCGCUGGUAUACCUUGACAACGCGUCCACCACCCAAAAGCCCCUGAGCGUAAUUGAGAAGAUCACAGAGUACUACAAGGGGUACAACGCAAACAUACACCGGGCGGUCUACGCGCUGGCAGAGGAGGCCACCGCCGAGUACGAGAAGACACGGGACAAGGUGGCCGAAUUCCUCAACAUACGGAACCGGGAGGAGAUCAUCUUUGUCCGGGGAACCACCGAGGCCAUCAACCUAGUCGCCUACUCUUGGGGCCGCCCACACAUCAAAAAGGAUGACAUCAUUGUAGUCACAGAGUACGAGCACCACAGCAACAUAGUCCCGUGGCAGCUGCUGGCUCAGGAGACCGGCGCCAGGCUAGAGUACAUCGGGGUUGAUGACGACGGCGAGCUCGUACUUGAGGAUCUGGAGAGGCACCUGGCCACGGGCAGGGUAAGACUGGUCGCAUUCAGCCUGAUGUCAAACGUACUGGGAACCAUCUCAGACGCGGACAGGAUAAUACCCAUGUGCAAAAAGGCUGGCGCGCUUGUGCUGGUGGACGGCGCGCAGGCAGUCCCGCACAUGCCGGUGGACAUGCAGCGGCUGGGAUGCGACUUUUUUGCCUUCUCAGGACACAAGAUGAUGGGACCCACUGGUGUCGGAGUGCUCUGGGCCCGAAGGGACGUUCUGGAUACCAUGGUGCCGUUCCAGGGCGGCGGCGACAUGAUCCGCGAGGUGCACAAACACGAGACCACAUGGAACGAUCUUCCCUACAAGUUCGAGGCCGGAACGCCGAACAUAGCCGAUGUGGUGGGACUGGGAGCCGCGAUCGACUACCUGACUGGAAUAGGAAUGGAGAAUAUGAGGCGCCACGAGAUGGAGCUGACAGAGUACGCCCUGGGGAGGAUGUCUGCCAUAAAGGGGGUUGAGAUCUACGGCACUCCAGAUAUGAAGAAGAGGGGAGGGGUAAUCUCGUUUAACUUUCAUGACGUACACCCCCACGAUGUGGCCCAGUUGCUAGACGACGACGGCAUCGCCAUAAGAUCAGGCCACCACUGCGCUCAGGUUCUCAUGGAACGGCUGGAUGUUGCCGCCACCUCCCGGGCCAGCUUUUACAUAUACAACACAAGGCAGGACGUGGAUGCCAUGAUAGAAUCGCUUGAGAACGUGGCAAGGGUGUUUAAGAUAUGA